CCUCAUGCGCCUCUCUUAUCCGGUACACGCGGUCGACGUAUGUGCUAGACACACGGUAUCGUGUUAUCGUGAUUUAGACGCUUGCAAGCUACGUGACCCUUCAACCCUGUGUUUAUGGUGCAAUUGUAUCCGUAGUUUCGUAAAGAAAACAUGGCGCGCUAUGGGCAGAGACCCGAGAACGCCCUAAAACGGGCGAACGAAUUCAUUGAAGUGGGCAAACCAGCCCGAGCAUUAGACACAUUACAAGAAGUCUUCCGUAAUAAAAAAUGGACGUACAAUUGGUCAGAGUCUGUACUGGAACCUAUAAUGUUCAAGUAUUUGGACCUUUGCGUGGAAUUGAAGAAAUCUCACAUAGCGAAGGAAGGUUUAUUCCAGUACAGAAAUAUGUUUCAAUCCGUCAAUGUUGGGAGUUUGGAGAAUGUGAUCCGUGGCUAUUUGAGAAUGGCUGAGGAAAAGACAAAUGCGGCACGGAAACAGAGUCAGCAAGCUGUAAUUGACAUUGAUGAUCUUGAUAAUCUCGCUACACCGGAAAGCAUUUUGCUCUCAGCUGUCAGUGGAGAGGACGCGCAAGACAGAAGUGAUCGUACCAUUUUGACACCCUGGGUGAAGUUCUUAUGGGAAUCGUACUGCCAAUGUUUGGAGUUGCUCAGAACUAAUGCACAUGUAGAAACUCUUUACCACGAUAUUGCACGUAUGGCUUUUCAAUUUUGUCUCGAAUACAAUCGUAAGACUGAAUUUCGAAAGUUAUGCGAGAAAUUAAGGAAACAUCUUGAGGAGAUAUGCAAAUUGCCGCCCCUUGUGUCGAAUGUGUCUAUGAAUAAGGCGGAGACACAGCAGUUGAAUUUAGAGACUAGAUUAAACCAAUUAGAUUCUGCGAUACAAAUGGAAUUGUGGCAGGAGGCCUUUAAAUCUUCGGAGGAUGUGCACGGCAUGAUGAAUCUUUCGAAAAAACUCCCUGUACCAAAAACGAUGGCUAAUUAUUACCAAAAACUGGCUAUGGUCUUCUGGAAAGCUGGCAAUUAUCUUUUCCAUGCGGCCGCGUUGUUCAAACUUUUACAACUCUCUCGUGAAAUGAAGAAGAACAUGUCCUCAGAGGAACAGCAGCGAAUGGCCAAUCGUGUAUUGUUGGCAACGUUGUCGAUACCGUUGCCAUCCGCUCACCCUGAAUUCGAUCGUUUUAUAGAAACCGACAAGAGCCCAUUGGAAAAGGCACAAAAACUCGCGACGCUUUUAGGCCUCUCGCAACCACCGACACGUAUCUCUUUACUGAAAGAUAUUGUUCGUUUGAACGUCGUCAGUCUCGCGUCACCGCAAUUGCAGGAAUUGUAUUCGUGGUUAGAAGUGGAGUUUCAUCCGUUGGAGCUCUGUAUCAGAGUCGAUUCCGUGAUUCAGACGUUACAGGCGGACGAAAAUAGCCCGUUAGCCCAAUAUAUCCCGGCUUUACAGGAUGUGACGCUUGUACGUCUCGUUCAUCAGAUUUCUCAAGUUUAUCAAACUAUACAAUUCUCCAGACUUUUAGAACUCGCAAAAUUCACGACCGAUUUUCAUCUCGAGCGUCUUUUAGUAGACUGCGUACGCUAUAACGACAUGCAGAUUAGAAUAGAUCAUGGCAAGACAUGUGUUCACUUCGGAGUGGAUCUCUCAGAGGCGCAACGAGAGGAUCAUCCGGACGGUCCCGUGUUACAGGCGAUGCCGUCCGAACAAAUACGCUGCCAGUUGGUGAACAUGGCGACCGUGUUGCACCGUGCCAUAAAUGUAAUUAAUCCCAAUAAAAAGAAACUCGAGCGCGAGAAGCUGCGUAGCGCAAUGGUCGCCCACUAUCACGAAACCAAGAUGAAGGAGCAUCAAAGAAUAUUGGGCAGGCACAAGAUCAUCGAAGAGCGGAAGGAGUACAUUGAGCACAUCAAUACAGUCCGCGAGGAGGAAGAAAUGCGCCGACAGGAAGAGCUUCAACGACAGCAAAUGCUGGCCGAACAGAAGCGUCUGGAGCAGGAGCGCGAGGAGCGCGAACGAAAACGACAGCAGAGUGAGAUUCAGCAGAUCAAGGAUCGCCAUCUCAAGGAGAAGAUGCAACAAAUCUCGCAGACGAGUCAUGGACAGAAAGUGCUAAAGAAAUUGGACGAAGAUGAGAUCAAGAAACUGGACGCGGAGCAGAUUGCGGCGCGAGAAGCCGAGGAAUUACAGAAAGAGCGCAGAGAGAUGCAGCAAAAGCUCAAGUCUCAGGAGAAGAAGGUCGAUUACCUGGAGCGUGCCAAACGACUCGAGGAAAUCCCAUUAUUGGAGAAGGCUGUGCAAGACAGAAUGCAGCAAGCGAAACAACUCUGGCGGCAGCAGGAGGAUGAGCGAAUCGCUGCAGCUAUCGAAGAAAGGCAGGAGGCUGUUGCGACUCAAGAGCGCUUGGAACGUAUGAAGGAGGAUCAUGACAGCUUCCUGGCCAAGAUCUUAGCCGAGCGUAGGAGUAUAUAUCUCGAGAAGCUAAAGGACUUCGAGAAGCUGUUGCACGAAGAGCGUGCCAAACGACUGUUGAAACGCAAGACGGAGCGCAAGGCCGAACGUAAGAUGAAAUUUGAGAAAGAACGUGCGGAGGCCGCGGAACGAAGACGGUUGGAGGAAUUGCGCGUUAAACAGGAAGAAGAGAAGAAACGUUUGGAAGAAGAAAGAGCCAAGAGAGAAGAAGAGGAAAGAAUUAGACGGGCCGAAGAGGAGGCCCGAGAAGCUGAACGUUUAGCCAAGCUUAAGAAGCAAGCCGAAAUUAUAAGAGCCAAGGAAGCCGAGAUUGAACGUAAAUUGGAAGAAGAACGGCAAAGAGAUAAAGAAAUAUCAUCGACAUGGCGACGUCUGGAAAGAGAUGGUGAGCAGCGCGGUGAACGUGAUCGUGAUCGUGACCGUGACCGUGACCGUGAACGCGAGCGCGAUCGUGAUCGCGAUGUUCCGAAACCUUCAUUGGAAUCAUGGCGGCGUAAUAAUGAUAAGGAGUCUGAUGGGCUCAAAAAUGAGUCGGACCGCUGGAGGAAGCGCGAUGACAAAAUUGAGGACUCUUCGUGGAAGAGAAGGGAACCAGAACGACGUGAUGCGGAUAAAUGGAGAAGAAACGAUGAUGCAGACAGGUGGAAGAAGGACGCGGACAAAUGGCGGAAGGAUGAUAAUUUGGAUAGAGAUGAUUUAAGAGAUCGAGAUAGAUUGGACAAUCGUGGUUUCGAAAAAAGAGACGAUCGCGACCGUACUGACCGUACUGACCGUACUGAUCGUACUGACCGUACUGAUCGUACUGACCGUACUGACCGUACUGAUCGUACUGACCGUACUGACCGUGACCGCGGAAUAGAUGGACGUGGAAUUCUAUCUCGUGAGAUUCCACGUGAUUCCACAAUACGUGAUGAUCGAGAUCGCGACCGCGCUAGGAUGCCCGAUCGCCGUGGCGGUUAUCGCGAACGUCGUGAGGAACCAGCACGAAGCACUAAUCAGGAUUGGCGAAAACGCGAACCGGCUCAAGAGUCUUCUAGAGAUCCGCCCAAGCGCGAACGAGAAGAACGUAAAGAUGACAGACUUCCACCUAGACCCGAUGAAAGAAGACGACCACUGGAAGAUGAUGGCUGGUCGAAAGUCAGUCGGCGCUAACAUCGGACUCUCAGCUAAUUAUAUAGCGUUAUAUAUUAUAUACAUUUAUUCUUUAAGAGCGAUGCAUAUGCAGAGAUAGACUUUUUAACUGAUAUGGAAGUCUGUCCAUUUAUAUUGUUUUGUGCGUGGCUUUAUUCUUCCAGGCAAGAAAACAUCAGGAGAAACAGAAAGUCAAUUAUAAUUGAUUAGCAUCGCACAGGAGCAAAGCAACUUUUUCUUAUUUACAUGUGCACACAUGUCUGUAUAUAUACUGAUAAUACGUUCUCUAAAUAUUCGAAAGAUUCACGAAAAUUUAAAAUAUUUUAUAUGAAUAAAAUUUUCUUAUAUUUUUAUUUUUUUGUAUUUUUAUUU